AUGUCUGAGCGGAAGCUAUCUUUGCCUGCUUUCUUGAAAGUACUCACAAGCCACGAUGUUCCCGUCUCAACUGCCAUGGCCGUUGCAGGCAAAAUAUACAAGCAGUUCAAUACGGCAGAGUCCCUGUCAACUCUAACGGAACCUCAGCUCGUGUCUUGCGGUAUCGAUGACAAGGACCUAAGAAGACAAAUACUUAUGGCGGUCACGAAGGCUGGCUUUAUAGUAAAGAGAACGGGGAGAGAGCCAGCGACGUCCAUAUCCACAGGACAAACUGAAGCCGCAGACACAGUGCAAGCUGCUAUUACACCACGCAAACGGACACGCAAACGCGAUGACGGCCUGAACAGGUAUCUCCCGGAACGUCCUGAUGAUGAGGCUGCUUCAUACGGCAGUCUUGAGUUCAACGAAGAGCUGGAUGAACAGACGCUAGCAUCAAAAGCCACUGUGAUCAAUCGGGCACCAUUAAUGACUGCAUGGGCAAUGGUUGUCGCCGAACGCCUGGGUUUUCAGAGAGAGGAAGCCCUGAGUAUAGCAUCGGCAUACACGGAAAUGAAUGCCAUCUCAAAGGGCGUUAGUAUAGGUGUUUUCAAGACGUCAAAGAAAGAAGAGAUGGAACGCUAUGAAGGAGGUGCACAGCCAUACAUUGACCUCAUGGGACGAAGACCACUGUAUCAGACGCGGUCCGAGCAAUGGCGUGCCCUCAUCAAUGCUUCCCCGGCACUUCCAAGUGAAGCAUUCUCGUAUAUCUCGCGGUCUUUCCGACAAACUACGUCGCACAUGGUUGGCGCCCUCCGCCUUCUGGCUGAGAGCUACCCACCGAAGAUUUUGAACGAGCGAGGUUUUGCUUUGUAUGCUGAUUUUCGGCCAACAGCGGAAGGAUGGGGCGCACGGGGUGAAGUCAAGUGCGAGAAAAUUCUCUCUCUGAGACGCAAACUCGAGCGAGUCCCCGCCAAGACGAGCAUAGCAUCAGUGCAAGACGUUGUCAAGAUUGGAGACGUGGAGUCAUUGGCUCGAGGUGCUGAUCAUAACACAGAUCCAAAAGAAGGUGAUCGGGAAACAUGCGAGCCGGAGCAGAAGAAACAGCGGACACUCACUGUGGAGGAAUAUGAGGCUAUGUUAGACGAGGAUCUGACAUUCAACAAUGCAGAUUUGCCUUGAAAUGCAUGUUUAUGUAGCUAAUGGUUUUUGUCCAUUUUUCACGAUGUGUAGUUCUGGCAGUUCCCACAGUUUGAAGGACUUGGUGUUCCACGGCUAUGAUGUCCAAACUAGUGUAAAAUUUGCUCCAAGUCAUGUUAAGGAAUGUCGAGUCUAGGAAUUUGUCUAGCUAAGUCUAAAGUAAACACCUGACUGAUAACCCAAGAAUAGCACCUCAUACUACUUAAAGGUUUUUAAUGACGGCUGCAGUGAACUCUGACGUCGUCGAUCCACC